AUUUAGUUUGUAAGUUCAUUUAUUUUUCUGUAGAAUUAGUAUUUUCUGUCAAACCACUUGCCUAACCAAAAGCUGAACAAAGAGUUAACAUUCUGUGUUUUGAAACAAUAUUGCUAACACUUUUGAAAGUGUGAAGAAUUGUGAAAAACAGGCAGACUACAAAGCCUGAAAAGCUGCUUGGAUUUUAUUUUGGGGUGGUUUUGUUUGGAUUUUUUAGAUCGCAGUUUUAUCACUGAAUCACAGAAUGGUGGGCUUGGAAGAAACUUCUGGAGACCAUCUAAUGCUACCCCCUUGUUAGAGCAGGUUCACCCAGAGGAGGCUGCACAGGAUUGUGUCCAGGCAGGCUUUGAAUAUCUCCAGAGAUGGAGACUCCACAGCUUCCCUGGGCAGCCUGUUCCAGUGCUCUGCCACUCACACAGGAAAGAAGUUCUUCCUCCUGUUUAGGUGAAAUGAGAGUUUUGCCAAUCAUGGUUUGAAGGCUGAGAGAAGAAGGAAGAGAAAGACAAGAAAAUAAAAUGUGCCAAUGAAUUGAUAGAACAUGUCUGUUUCAAAAUAUGUGAGGCAAAAUUUGCUUUCACUAAAACUGACAUUAUCUUCUUGUGUUUCAGAAUCAGGUGCUGUUUUCACAUUUGGGAAAAGCAAAUUUGCAGAAGAUAUUCCUAGCAAGUUCUGGUUCAAAAAUGACAAGCCUGUACUUAUAUCAUGUGGAGAUGAACAUACAGCUAUUAUUACAGGGAAAGGUAAACUAUACAUGUUUGGCAGUAACGACUGGGGCCAGUUAGGACUAGGAUCAAAGAACACUGUCAGCAAACCAACGUGUAUUAAAGCUUUAAAACCAGAAAAACCAAAACUUGCUGUUUGUGGAAGAAACCACACUUUAGUUUACACAGAAAAAGGAAAUGUUUAUGCUGCUGGAGGUAACAGUGAAGGCCAGUUGGGAUUAGGUGACACAGAAGAAAGGACCACGUUUCAUUUAAUUAGCUUUUUUACCACGCAGCACAAGAUCAAGCAACUAUCAGCUGGAUCAUACACCUCAGCAGCAGUAACUGAGGAUGGGAUGCUCUUUGUGUGGGGUGAUAAUUCAGAAGGUCAGAUUGGCCUGGCCAGUGAAGCCUCUGUCAGUGUCCCCUGUAAAGUGGAUAUUGGAAAACCUGUUUCCUUUGUAUCCUGUGGAUAUUAUCAUUCUGCCUUGAUUACAGGAGAUGGUGAACUCUAUACUUUUGGUGAACCUGUGAAUGGGAAACUGGGAUUAUUCCCUGAACAGCUGAAGAACAAUAGAGUCCCACAGCCUGUACUGGGAAUUAUGGAAAAGGUUAAUAAGGUUGCUUGUGGUGGAGAACACACUGUGGUGCUGACAGAGACAGACGUUUAUACUUUUGGACUUGGACAAUAUGGGCAGCUGGGACACGGAACUUUUGUGUUUGAAAGUUCAGUACCGAAGCCUGUGAAACACUUGAGGAGGCAUAAAAUAUGUAACAUUGCAUGUGGGGAAAAUCACACUGCUGUGAUAGCAGAGAAUGGCCUCAUGUUUACUUUUGGAGAUGGACGACAUGGCAAGUUAGGAUUUGGAGAAGAGAGUUUUACAAAUCUGUUUGAUCCCACUCUGUGUUACAAUUUCUUGAAGUUCACAGUCCUUUUGGUUGCUUGUGGGGGUUGUCACAUGCUGGUUUUUGCUGCUCCAAGACCUAAAGGAUGUGAGGUAAUCUUGGAAGAUUUAUGUGAGCCUCGUUUGACUGCUACUCUCCCUAAAAUGAGUGGGGACUUUGUACUGGCAAACACUUUGCAAUUAUCAGCAGCACGGAUACGACGUCGAGAGAGGGAAAGGUCACCAGAGCAGUUUGUUCGAAUGGCACAAACUCUGCCUCCAAUGGGGGAAAGCUCCUUAAAAUCUCCAUUGCCUGUGACAAGCAACACCAGCCCAUUCUGGUUUUCUGCAAAAAGUCAUCCUAAAUCUGAAUCUGUAAGGGAUGGAGACCAUGAAAAAGAAAAUAACCAUCAAAAAGAUAAACCUGGUGAAGUCUCUUCAGAUCAAGAUUCAGAUAAUGAAAAUAUUGACAGAAACCUUGGGGAUACAACUGACAUCCUAAAUAUGACACACGCAAUGAAGUUGAAUCCUGGUGACUGGUCCUUAAAAUUAUCACCACUACAAAAACUGAAGGAACAAAACUUGUCUGGAGAUGAAGAAAUAGAUGAUGAUGAUGAGGAGGAGGAAGAAGAAGAAACAGAAGAAGAAGAAAAAGAAGAAGAAGAAGAAAAAGAAGAAGAAGAAGAAGAAACAGAAGAAACAGAAAAAGGAAAAGAAGAAACAGAAGGAGAUAAAGCAAAAGAAGGAACAGAGAAAGAAGAGGAAAAAAAAGGAAAAGAAAAGGAUCGUAAACCACCUGAGGGAGAGACAAGCAGUAGUAGUAGCACUUUGGAAACUGGAGAGACAGAGGAAACUACUCAGAAAGAGUCCAUCGUUCAGCAGGAGGAGGAAAGCACUGACAAUCACACUGUGAAGAAUUCGUCAGAGAACACUGAUGACCAAAAAACUGGAGGAAUUGUGGGGAGAAUAAAGUUUUCCCUGUUUAAGAGAAAACCACUGACAAGCCAGAAGAUUGAAUGUAGCGGAAAGGAAGACAGCCCUGAAAAGCCAUUGCAGAGUGAAGAAAAAGAAAAGGAAGAUUUAUCUGGUGAAGACAGUAAGGAUGAAAAUCAGAAUCAUACACCAGAGAAUUCCAGUGAAACUGCAGCUAACCAGAACAGAAGGGUGAAAGUUAAUACAUGUGUAUUGCUGUAACACUGUUACAAUGUAUGAGAAUGUGACAGUCUUAAAGCACAUAAGUGCAAUUUUUACUUGAAAACAUUUCAAGUUAUGACUUGAGAUGUUGAUGGCUGCUUUUGUUUUUAUUGAUUUGAUUGCUGUAAUUUUAAAUAGAUGAUUUUUUGGUAUUUAUUGGUAAUUUUAAUAGUUCAAAAUGAUGUGCUUAUCAGCACUUUGCUGGAGUUUGGUGGCCUUACCUGUUGAUGUUCUAAAGCAAAAUAUGAGUUUUUUAAAUGUGAAAAUCGAAUACAGGAAUUUUAUGGGUUUUUGCUAAAUAAGUUUAUUGUUUCUGUCUAUAGAGUACCACUUCCAGCAUGAUACUCUUGCAAAAUAAUAAUAUUUGAUGUAAGAUAUUAUUUGGUUUAACAACCUAGUUAAGAAUAUUGAAGGUACUCACUUACUUGGAAGUAUACGUUUCUUUCUGUUUUGGCAUAGAAAAAACAGCAGUAAAUCUUUCAACUUUUAGGCCAUUAUUGAAGAAGUUACUUGAGUAUGUGCCUAAUUUCAUGCAUGGCAGCAGACCCAGUGGAAACAGUGUAAGUAUAGAAACACCCUGCCAAACUGUGACAGGGAGAAAGCUUUUAUUUCUGAGAGGUGCUGAAAACCUUUGCUCCUGCUGAAAUUGGCAUAAGCUGAUGGGCCUCUCCUCACUCAAUCAGGCCCAGUAAAAACUGGACACUCUCACUCUUCCUUCACUUGGAUUCUAAUCAUGUAUUCUCUGAACAUCCACACCUUAAUGAGUCUCCAGUGAAGCUUUUCUUACAGGAAAAUAAUGCAGCCAGAGGUACUGUGACUUCAGUAUGACAAACUGAUCUUAAUGGGAUAAAUAUUCAUGUUUUUGUCAGGCACAGUCACUUUUCUUCAGAUGGCCACUUAGCAGGAGGAGCCAGAAAUCAGUACAAAUAAAAACUGGUUAACACCACUGUAGCUUUAAGAAGCAGGAAUUCUUUAUUCAGCAGAUGCUCAAGGGGAUAUCUCCUCCAAAAUAAUGUGCAGGCUGAGUACAGAAAAAGCUCCUGUUUAUAUAUUAUAUUUCACAUACAUAGACAUUGAUUUUCCCAUGGCAAGCAUACACAUGAUAAAUAAUUUCCAUGAAAUCAUUAAUAUCUUUUCCCUUCCCUUCACAUGCAUUCUUCUGUCCUGGAGGUCUCUUUGCUGGUCCCUGGUGGUUGGUGACCCCAGAGUCAUCCCUGACCACACAGUGAACUGGUAAAAGGUGGGACAACUGGGCUGGUCACUUUCCAGUUCUUCCUUCAUUUUUUUCCUAGUUUCAAAGUUGCUUAAUUUUUAUAUAAUAGGUCAGAAGUGUCCAGAGUUGAUUUCAUCCAGAGCUGGUUCACCUGAAUGCUUUGUCCUUGUAAGUAUUGCAGGUGCCCAGAUUAUUUCACAGGGCCUCCUCUGCUACCAUAAUCAUCAUACUAAAAAACUGGAUGCUUGGGUCAUUCUUUGCCAGAGUUAAUUAGGUUCCUUUUGUGUCUUUUGUUUUCCUUUGGGCUACUCCUGGGUUCUGCAGUGAACCUUACAAGAGGGGGUUUUCUCCUCCAUUAUAUUUAUCUAUUUUCUUAUUUUUCUGAAUGCCACAUGUGGUUUCUGUUCUACUUGGAGUGAAGUGGAAAAGGAGAAAUAAAGUAAAUGGCUCUCUCAUUAAUUUAAAUAAGUUUAAUUAUUUUUUUAAUGGGAGAUCAGUGGGAAAUUUUUACUGUAAUGACAAUUUCUUUUUUUAAAGGUGAACAAAUCUAGUGAGAAAUAGUACUUUAAAAUGGGAAUUACCCUCUAAUCUAACACUACAGGAGUUUAUAUAAUGGACUGUAAACUGCUGUAUGUCUGAUCAGUUUCAGGGAUAGGUACAUUUAUCUUGUUCACACACUAUGCUCAACAAGAAGCAGGAACAUAUUAACCCAUUCCAAUGUCUUUUUUACAUGUCUUAAUUUUUAAUAAAAAAAGAUUAAACAAAUAAAACAA